UGUCAAGUGGACGUCAAACGGUCAGUGUUAUAUUGGUGUAUUUUUUAAUUCACCGGUUGAGCAACUGGUGCCACCGGUGGACCAGACAUCUGUCCUUUCAAUUCAACCGGUUGCUGCCAUCACCAUACAAAGCUGUCAACAGUGUCAACCAUAAGCAUCAGUGGUGGAAUCAACCGGUGAAUUAAAGAAUCCACCUUAUGUUAUGGGUUAAACGUCACUAAUGUCAGUAUAUAUAUAUAUAUAUAUAUAUAUAUGUUUUGUGGCUGCUGUUAACCUAAUUUCUUAGCAUCAUUUGCAAAAAAACAAGUAAGUUAAUUCCAGGUGCAAUUUAUAUAUAAAAUACACUAAUACACACUAAAAGUGUAUAAAUCAUAAUAUAAUCAUGGCGGAGUUAGAUACAUUUUCUCAAGAGACGGCAGUGGAAAACGAAGUUACGGCAGAUAUGACAACCGAAAACCCGGAAGAAGCUGCUGAAAAAGGGGCUGAAGAUCAAGAUAGUCCGUUCGCUUACUUGGAGCGAGCUUUUUCAUCCGAAAACUUCAAGAUUGAAAUAAAGAAUCUUCCGAGGUUUUAUGGCUUGCAUGAGCUUCGGAGGUUGCUUAACCAAAAACUGCAGCUGAGAGCAAAUAAAAUAAAAACUAUACGCAAAAAUAGUCCUUUUUUGUUUGUAUGCUUCAAAAAUGAAGAAGAUAGAGAAAAGGCAAUUGCAGUCCUUUCCAAAAUCAAAUGGAAGGGGAGGGAGUUGAAAGUAACGAAAGCAAAACCAUCUCCAGAUCCUCUUGUGAAAAAGAGGAAAGAAGAUGCUGAAGAAGACCCAGCGACUAAGAUGAUAAAAGAAGAUAACAGAUCUCAGGAAGAAAAGCUGAAAGAUGCAGUUAUUCAAUAUUGGAAUAUACCUUAUGAUGAACAGUUGAAAUUGAAAGAAGAAACAAUAAAAAAAGUGUUGACAAAACUUGGGACUUAUCUUUCAAAUCACAAUGAUGAAUUGAAAGAAUGGUUGGAGUGUCAAAAGAAGAAAUAUGAUGGUUUGCCUUGUGAGCUGUUGGAAAUCAGACAUUCGGAUCAGCCAGAUGGGUACAGGAAUAAAUGUGAAUUCACAGUUGGCAUAGAUGAAGAAACAAAGUUAGCUACAGUUGGUUUUAGAAUGGGCAGUUAUACCACUGGUACAACCGGAGUUGCACCUGUGGAUAACUUAGUUCAUAUACCAGAAGCCAUGAAAAUUGCAGCUAAGGCAUUCCAAAACUACGUCAGAAGCUCAGAUCUGACGGUGUACAAUCCUGAAACGCACACGGGUCAUUUCAAACAACUGGCUGUUAGGCUGGCGCCUGGUCAGUUGAUGGUUGUCGUGGGUAUACAUCCGCAAGAAUUGAGUGAGGAAGAUUUAGGGGAAUUGAAAACCAGUAUAGUCAAAUUUUUCACUGAGGGAGAAGGCAAACAUGUCAAUGUUACUUCUUUGUAUUACCAGAAAUCUGUCAGAAAGAUACAUCAUGAUGAUUUUGUGCCUGCGGAACAUCUAUGGGGAGAAAAGUACAUUUACGAGACUAUCUUAGGGCUAAAAUUCCGAAUAUCCCCAGAAGCAUUCUUCCAAAUUAACACGAAAGGAGCGGAAAUAGUUUAUAAAUCUGCUAUGGAGUUUGCAGAGCCUUUGGAAGAUGCCACUGUGUUUGAUGUAUGCUGUGGCACAGGGACAAUUGGACUGUGUUUUUCAAAGCAUUGCAAGAAAGUAGUAGGCAUCGAAUCCAUAACUCAGGCAGUCGUGGAUGCAAAAGAAAAUGCAAAAAACAACGGCGUUCAGAACGCAGACUUCAUUGCCGGGAGAGCCGAAGAACUUUUAUGGGACGCAGCUUUCAAAGUAACUGGAGAACAGAACGUCAUAGCUAUUGUCGAUCCGCCUAGAGCAGGCUUGCAUAAGCUAGCAGUAUUCAAACUGAGAAACAUACCGAUAGUGAAGAAGGUCAUAUAUAUAUCUUGCAAUCCAUUUAUGGUCAUCCAGAAUUUCGUCGACUUUGGAAGGCCAGAGUCAAAGAAAAUGCAUGGGGAUGCUUUGGUGCCGACCAAAGCGGUGUCAGUGGACAUGUUCCCAUAUACUAAGCACUGUGAGUUGGUAAUGUGCUUUGAAAGAUGGGAAGAUGUCCAGCAGAGAUUUAAGGAGGAGAUGGCUGCUGAAGGAGAAGGAAUGCAAGUUGACGUAGUUCCAGAUCAGAAAGUUGAAAGUAAUGAAAAUGGAGUCAAACAAGAGGAUAUGGUUACUGUGUGAGAUUAAAUAAAAAACGUAUUAGAUAUUGUCAGAUUGGUCGUAACAAAAGAUUUGAAACAUGUAGGAAAUCAUUAUUAAUUUUCGGUGUCAUAUAUAUAGAAAUGGUCCGAGUCAUCAUUCCACCUUUGUGCGGCUGUUUUAUAAACAUAUGAAAAGUAUAUUCUGCAGUAUAAUCAUCACCUAUCAAAUAUAACCCAGGAAUUACUCUGAAGGGGUUAUUUUAACAAACUUAUGCGAUAUCAAGCAGUGAUGAAAAAAUCAACAAUUCAAGCUACAACGUAAAAUGUACGCCAAUGCGAUGGCUUGGGAUGCCGCCCGAGGCCCGCCCAGUGAUGACUUGGAACAGUUUUAUAAGCUUAUUAUAAUUUACAAUGUUGGAAUGAAGUUUUCGGUGUAUGUGCGAGUGAUUUGUAAUUUUGAAGUAAAAAAAAUUAGAAAAAAAAAUUGUCGUCGAAAGAAUAAUUUUGACUCUAUAUAAAAAUAAGUUGACCUUAUUGUCUCGAAAAGGAUGUUUAGUUUUUUAAAAUCCUGAAUUAAACUAGGCUGCUAGUUAUAAUGAAGGAAUAUUAACGUUCAUUUUUCAGUUGAUAUAUUUUUUUGUAUGAAUUAUAAAACAGGCUUGUAGAGUUAAUAAAAAUACCAGUUUUCUUUGAUAAAA